AUGAAGAAUCUAAACGUCCUUAUCGUUGGUGGGGGCAUAGGGGGUCUACAAUCUGCACUUGCAUUGGCUGCAGAUGGACACAAGGUCACUGUACUCGAAACGGCAAAAGAAUUUCUCGAGGUCGGUGCUGGCAUUCGCGUACCUCCAAACUCCUCUCGUCUCAGCCGCUCUUGGGGCGUCGAUUUCAGUAACGUCAAGAAAGAAAUAUCUCUUGGAAACCGUUUUGUGGAUUACAAAGGCAACAUUCUCCUGGAUUGCUCAUUUGAUGAUGUGGAGACAAGAUACGGAGCCCCAUACUACUUUCUACACCGAGCCGACUUGAUCACUCUCCUCGUGGAUGCUACGAACAAGAACGAGAAUAUCAAUCUGAUAAUGGAUUGUACGGUGGACGAAUAUGACUUCGAAGCGCCUGCAGUCAAGCUAUCAACCGGUGCACGACUAUCUGCCGAUCUUGUCAUCUGCGCCGACGGUAUCAAAUCUGCCGUCCGAAACAUUGUCAACGGUGCACCAAUCGAACCUCAAGAUACCGGUGAUGUUGCAUACCGUAUUCUCGUACCUGCAAAGCCUCUGCUGGACGACCCUACGAUGCGCCAUUAUGUCACCGAACCAUGGGCAGUCCAUUGGAUGGGUCCCGAGGCUCAUGCCGUCGGCUAUCCUCUGCGCGGUGGAGAGCUCUACAAUAUCAUUAUCGAUAUCACUCAUGCUACCGACGUCGGGCGCCCGGUCGGACAGGACGAAUGGCGGUCCCAAGCCGACAACAGCGAAUUGGUAAAGCGAUUUGUAGACUGGUGCGAGCCGGUCCGGAAGAUUUGCGGCCUGACCGGCACCUAUCUCAAGUGGAGGCUGGCGGAUUUCGAUCAGUUACAGCGGUGGGUGCAUCCGAGCGGAAAGGUGGCCGUGUUGGGCGAUGCCUGCCAUCCCAUGAUGCCGUACAUGGCACAAGGAGCUGCCCAGGCGACCGAAGACGCCGCGACAUUACAAGCAGCACUUCGGGCACAUUCCAAUCUCCCCGAAGCUUUGCAAGCAUAUGAGAGGCAGCGGCUACCUAGAGCAGCGUACGUGGCCAAGAACACACGCGUGUUACAGGAAUGGCUGCAUCUUUACGAUGGUCCGGAAAGGGAUCGCCGCGAUGAAUUGAUGCGGCACGACAACCAAGAUAAUCCCAUGUUCUGGGCAUGCUCGGAGCGGCGGGAUUGGCUUUUUGGUCACGAUGCGCAGAGGAUGCUCACUGAAGACGAACUGCAGAUUCCAGCACUACCUCCGAUGCCAGCAGAUGAAGCGAGGGUGUAUCUGGGCAACAUCAAGGAUACGGAGCUUCGAAAUCGAACAAAGACAUUGAGACCCCACCUUUGA